AUGUUCUACCCUCAGGCUAAGGCUCUAUUGUAUAUGUUGCUUGCGCCGCCCUAUGUGGACCCGUCUACCUUGCUCCGUGACUCUGGCAAAGUGACCCUCAGCUUGGCCGCUAGGGUGAACUCCAGCGGUACUGUUAAUGUCGCUGCUGCUGACAGGGCUCGUGCUCAGGCGAUGAAGCAAGUUGGUUUCAAGGGAAAGCAUUCUGUCACCUUUAUAAGCUACACCAAUGUUGCCUAUCGUUACCUCGCCCCAGUUGGUGUCGGCAAACCCGCCGCUCAGUGUAAGACUGGUCGUCAGAUGCACUAGAAGGCAAUUCUCGGACUUACUCAUCAUUGAUACGGGCAGCGCCAUCACUUGUGUGGGCGCAUCCACCCCAUACAAUCCUACU